AUGUACCUUAUGAGCUGUACUAGAUCAGAUAUUACUUUUACUGUGAGCAGUUUAAGUAGAUUCAUAAGCAAUCUAGGGGAAAACCACUGGAAAGCAAUUGUGAGGGUACUGAGAUAUCUCAAAUAUACUCGGGACUACAGACUGCAUUAUUCCAGAGAUCCUACUGUUUUAGAAGGAUUCUCCGAUGCUAGUUGGAUAUUUGAUAUUCAAGAUGCCAAAGGCACAAGUGGAUAUAUUUUUACAUUGGGAGGAGGAGCUAUGUCAUGGAAAUCCUCAAGACAAAUGAUUAUAACCAGAUCCACAAUGGAAUUUGAGUUUAUAGCUUUAGACAAAUCUGGAGAAGAGAUUGAAUGGCUUCGAAACUUCUUGGAGGAUAUUCCUAACUGGCCAAAGCCUGUGCCCACAAUAUGCAUAUAUUGUGAUAACCAAGCAAAAAUUGGUAGAGCAUAG